UCGUGUGCUUUGAUUUAUUCACGCGUCGACACCUGUCUUCAGAGCCCGCCACGUCUGCUCUCCCUUUCCUCCUUCUAAGAAAAUAUUAGGUACGUGAGACACGUUCUAGCCUGGCAAACAAGAAGGCGCUCGGAGCACGACACGUGUCCUCGUGUCAGGCGCCAUUUUGAAAAAAUUUCGGACUGAGGGGUUUCUUCUUUCUUCCGAGUCUCUUUCUUCGCACCUCGCGCGGGAGGACCUGGUCCGUCUCUCUCCCCAUUCUCCUCUCUCUCCUCUCUGUCUCUCUCCCCUCCGCCUCCGCUGGUUGCUUCCAUCGCCCCCCAUCCGACGCCGACGCCGAUGCCGCCGACGCCGACCUCUCGUGACGUCCGCUCUGCUCUCUCUCCCCCUCCGCGAAGUCAUGCCUCUCUUCCAACGAAACGACGAGCUCGACGGCGCCGGCGACGGCGACGAAGCAAAAGACGAAGACGAAGAAGCAGAAGCGCGCGCUCGGGGUUCUGGAUAUGGCUCGUCGCGUCGGUCGCGUUCCGGCUCGCCCUCAUCUACCUCCUCAAGAACCUCCACCUGUCCACCCGCCCCGAGGUCGCCACCCCUCUCACUAGCAUUCGCUGCCGUAACGUCACUUGUCUUCGCUCCGUCGAUCGAUUCCCGAUCCCCGAUCCCCCGCCCCCUCCUCCCUUGAAAUCUUGGAGGUUCCAUGUAUCACGGUUCUCCUUUGCUGUUGCUCGUUCUCGGACCUCUUGCUGUCAAAAGAUUUUGCCACUAUUUAGCAAGCAUAAGGGGGUACAUUUCAAUAAGACAGAUGCUCAUUUGGCAAACAAUGGAAUUUCACUAGAUCUUCAGAGGCUCAGAUGUCGAGUCAACUUUCAGGCUUUAAAAUUUACUCCUCAGAUCGAGGCUCUGGGGAACAAAUUAGUCCACCUCCUUUGAGAUAAGGGGCCUUUCAUGGCUUUGCAUCUGAGAUACGAGAUGGAUAUGUUGGCUUUCUCUGGAUGCACCCAAGGAUGUACAGCAGAAGAAGCUGAAGAGCUCAAGCGAAUGAGGUUUGUCUUGACGAAGUCAACUGUAGCCAAACCUAAAUUUAUACGGGGGUCGCAACAUUCGGCGAAGCAACAUUUCUUUGAGCUUCACUUUUUGACCGUUACAUGGAAGUAAGAGAGCGCACCCUGCGAUCACAAAUUUGUAGGGACACAGUGAUGCAACUUAAUGUGCUCUUCAAAGAGAUUUGGUCGAUUUACGUACGGAACCAGUGAUGGUUUCUUCUGGCAAAGCAAUGCCACGAACCACGAUACAAACAGAACUGCGGAAGUUUGCUUCUUUGCCUACUCAAUGAAAAUUGGCAGAACUAAUACAAAUCCCUGUAGUUUCUUUUGUUCCCUCAGAACUUCAUCCAAAUUGGAACCCACUCGCCAGAGUACGGUACACAAAUUGUCGAUCCAUCUAAGCCGAGUCUGUAAUGUUUAAGACUUGAUACAACAGAUAAAUACACUGAUUUUGCUUACCA